CCUUCUCGAUCGUGUUGGCGAAGGGCAUGGCGAUCGUGCAGCCGCCGCUCAGGGAUGGAUUAUCGAUCGGCAUUGCUGCGGCCGAUCGCGAGCACGCGCUGGCGUCGCCGAUCCUGGCGAUCAGAGCGACGACGACGGCGAGGCUUUCCGAGCUGCGUCUCACAGCGAUUCGCCGGAUUUCCAGCAGGUUUUCAUGCGCACCGAAAGAUUCCGUCGUCAUCAAAGAGGAGCCAGUUCCGUUGCCGAUAGUUCACAUCGAUCAGGAGUCCGAUCCUCAUGUUACCAUCGUGGAGCUCAGCUAUGGGGAUCGGCUUGGAGCUCUUCUUGAUACGAUGAAGGCUUUGAAGGAUUUGGGGCUUAAUGUGGUGAAAGGCUCUGUGGCUGUGUCAGGGAAGACAAAGUCCAACAGGCUCUCCAUCACCCGUGCAGCUACUGGACGCAAGGUUGAAGAUCCCGAGCUUUUGGAAUCGAUCCGCUUGACAAUCAUCAGCAACCUUUUGCAGUAUCAUCCAGAGUCCAGCGAAAAACUGGCUAUGGGAGAAGCUUUCGGGAAGAAACCUCCAAAGAAGAUUGACGUUAAAACUCAUAUCACUGUCACCGAUCAGGGACCCGCUAGAAGCUUGUUAACAAUUGAGACAGCCGAUAAACCGGGCUUACUCCUGGACAUUGUGGAGAUGAUCACUGCAACUAGCGUCACAGUGGAAUCUGCAGAAAUUGAUACAGAAGGCCUGGUGGCGAGAGACAGGUUUCAUGUGAGCUACGGAGGUGCAGCCCUGACCAAGUCUCUGGCAGAGGUUCUCGUCAAUUGUCUACGCUUCCACUUGCGGAGGUCAGAAAGUGAAGACGAGAGCUACUAAACAGCCCUGGGGACAAAAGUGAAAAUCUUAGGGUCGUAUCCUUUAGCUAAGAAUCGAACAAGCUGUUUCCAAAUAACCGCGCGCUUCCAGCUUCCAGUUAUUUACGUAAAUGCCAGUUUGGGGGGCAGGGUCUGCAUGUUGGUACACUUGGCAGCCUGCAAGAUACUUCUAAAACUUGGAGGAUAGAGCUAGAA